AUGGAUUCAAAUACGAGUAUAAUUAAUUUCAUAACCCAGAUCGACAGAUCAACGAUCGUCUCAGAUAUAAGCAAUAACAAUAGACUUAGGCAUAGUAGAUUACUAGCUUACAGUCGACAACUGCAGGAAGAAGAAAAUGAUGAUGACGAAUUUUGUGUGCAUGUCAACAUAUAUCGUGAACACAAGAGACAUUUAGAACAAGAUAAAAAAUCUCGUACACAAUUGGAUAUCCAAGAUCUAGAUUAUGAUCUUUACGAGCCUGUUCAAGACCCUUUUCCACGUAACUCAACUUCUUCUUCUUCGAGUGAUGUUGAUAUUGGUUGUUUUUUGUCUUGUAGCAAUAAUAAGGGAAUUAACCCUUAUAAUGGAACUGUCAUAGAUGAUAUCUGGAAGUAUAAUAACUCAAAUAGUGUCAAAGGC